AUGGCCAUCCAGACGCCAGCUCCAGUGCGUGACUCGGUGGUUCUCACCCCUACCGCCAACGACGACCCGGCGUUUAAAUACGACCUGAAAGAAGACGACCCGGAAGACGAGCAAGAGGAGGAGACGUACAAGAAGAAAACUCUACAACAGAAAAUCCUGUGGGGUAUUUUCUACGCUAUCGCAUCACUCGCUUCGCUCUACUUCUUCAUGGUCGCUGUCAAACUCAUCGGCGACGGGUUCACCUUGGCGUUGGGCAGCGACGCCAAAGGAGCCUUCGACUUUGCCAAUACCCCUGUUGCCGGACUCAUGAUCGGCACUAUCUCCACUGCUCUACUGCAUAGUUCGGGCACGGUGACGUCUAUCACUGUCGCUCUAGUCGGUGCCGGAGGAAUGACCGUGCGUCAAGGUGUGUACGUCGUCAUGGGCGCCAAUAUCGGCACCUGUGUCACAUGCAUCAUGGUAGCUUUCGGUCAAGUUGGAGACCCCGUCCGCUUCCAACGAGCCAUGGCAGCAGCCACCGUACACGACAUGUACAACAUUUGGUCGGUCAUCGUCUUGUUCCCGAUCGAAGUGCUCUUCCAUCCUCUAGAGAAAAUGUCAAUCGAGAUGUCGAAUGCCAAAACGGACAGUGGGGCAUUCAAAAGCCCCGUGGACGCCAUCGUGAACCCUUUAACGCAAGAAAUCUUGGUAGUCGACAAGAACUCUAUCUACGACGUCGCUACUGGGGACUUUGAGUGCAUGUCGAACACGACGUUCGUCAAGGGCGGCGCUUUCGAAGACUCGAGUAUGGGAGACGGCAGUAUCGGCGCUAUUGUCAUCGUGGUGGGGUUCUGUAUUCUGGUGUGUGCAUUGGUGACGCUAGUCAAGAUGCUGGCUAAGGUCUUCUUGGGACCCACCAAGACACUCAUCUCCAAGCUUCUUAACUACAACGGAUACGUCAACAUCUUUGUAGGAACAUUGAUUACGUUUGCUGUCCAUUCGUCUACAGUCGUGACCUCCACAUUGACCCCCAUGGCUGGUUUGGGUGUGAUUACGUUAGAACAAGUCUACCCUUUGGUGAUCGGAGCCAACUUGGGAACGACCGGAACGGCGCUACUGGCGUCUUUGGUGACGGGUAAAGCGGACUCGGUGGCGAUCGCUCUGGUUCACUUCUGGUUCAACGUGUUCGGCAUCUUCUUGUUCUACCCGAUCCCGAUCACCCGCAAACCGAUUCUGGGCUGGGCACGUUCACUGGCGUUUUUCAGUGCCUCGUGGGCUUGGACUGCGGCUUUGUUCCUCAUCUUUUUGUUCCUGGUGAUCCCUGGAAUUCUGCUGGGAUUGGUCUACAUGUGCACAGCUGACAACAAGGUAGCGGUGGUGUUCGGGUGGAUCAUCGCUUGUAUUGCGUUGCUGUUCUUCUGCGGCUUGCUCUUCUGGUACAAGAAGAAAGGAGGCAAGGAAAUCUGGUACGACUUUUUGGAACGCAAGCACAUUGCACGUGAACAACGCAAGGCUGCUGAAGCUCAAGAGAAAAAGUCGUUCGUCGGGGAAGACGCUGCGUGA